AUUAAAGACGAAAAUAGGGAACUGUACGAUUGUCUUAAUUUUAUUUUAUUCGACGUGAAAGAACUCUCUGAAAACAAAAUUCUAUUAAAUGCCUUUGCAUCUGUCACCUGGACCUCAUGGAAAUCGGUUUCAGCGUUAUGUGUUGUAACUGUUAUUCAGUGGGCGGAAACUGGAUUCGUGCCGGAGUUUUAUAAUCGCAGAGCGAAGACCCAUCAGUUAAAAUACAUUUUGGCCAACUGUUAUAACCGUGCUAUUGAGGACCCCGAUAAACUGAACCAGUAUCCACCGUUUUCGCCCCAGGUGUAUGGCGAAACCUCCUUUGAAUUGAUUUCCCAAAUGAUCGAAACUGUAUCAAUUGGGAGUGAAGAUACUUUUAUCGACUUGGGCAGUGGUGUAGGCCAAGUAGUUCUACAAGUAGCUGCGUCAUGCGACGUUAAGUUUUCUUAUGGAAUUGAAAAGGCGGACUACCCUGCGCAUUGUGCUGUUCUCUUAGAUAAGGAGUUCCGGCGUUGGAUGGCCUUCUACGGCAAGAAGUACCAGCCAUAUGUGUUAGAACAGGGGGAUUUUCUCUCUGAUGAGUGUACUGAAAAAAUUGUCUCCUCAACCGUGAUCUUUGCGAACAACUUUGCUUUUGGCCCAGAGGUCGAUCAUCAGCUAAAGCUCCGAUUCGCAAACUUAAAGGAGGGUGCAAAAGUUAUUGCUUCAAAAGCUUUCUGCUCGCUAAACUUUCGAAUUACUGAUCGCAAGCUUGAUGGUAAGUAUUUCUCGUGCUUUUAG